UCUGUCUGCACUCCUCCGCUGCAUUCUUCUUUACCAGUCACUUUUCCUUUGGAUAAAGCAAAUAUUAUUUUUUCAUUUACUGAGUGUCUAGUAGGGAAGUGGCUGGGAGGAGAAACAGGGAAAAGAAGAGUAAGCGAGAGAGAGAGAAAGAGAGAGAGAGAGAGAGAGAGUUAAACAUAAACAAAAUCUGUGGAGCCAAUGCUUUAAAAGAAAGAAAGAAAGAAAGAAAGAAAGAAAGAAAGAAAGCUACAGUGCUGUUGCUUAAUAAGCCUUUUUAUGUUUAAUGUUUAGCAGUUGUUCAGGAGAGUGGCGAUGCAAGGCAUGGAUUUUGAAGACGAGUCAUCCAAAAAGUACUGCAUGAAGAGCAAGCAUGUGGCCAUUAUCUGUGGCACAAUAGCUGCCGUAGGCUUGAUUUUGGGGCUUGGACUGGGGCUGGGAUUAAGACCGCAGGCCUGCCCACCUUCAGAAGACAAUGGGCCAGUGCCGGCUCCAGAGGAACUGGAUCCCUGCCCUGCCCAAAAUGAUGAAAGUGGAAACUGGACCCAGUUCAGGCUGCCCACCUAUGUCAACCCAAUUCAUUAUGACUUGGAGCUGAGGCCCGAGAUGGAAGAGGAUCUUUACAAUGGAACAGUCACUAUCUACAUCCAGUUAAGCCAGACCACCAGACACUUUUGGGUUCACCUCAGAGAGACAAAGAUCACCGAAACGCCCCUGCUCAAGUCAUCCUCAGGCCAGUUGAUUGCUGUACAGCGUUGCUUCGAGUACAAGCAGCAGGAAUAUGUGGUGAUCGAGGCAAAAGAAGAGUUAGCUCCUAGCACCUAUUUGCUGACGAUGAAGUUCCAAGGCCAUUUAAAUGGGUCCCUGGUUGGAUUUUACAGAACAACCUAUACGGAGAAUGGAAACACCAAGAGCAUAGCAGCCACUGACCAUGAGCCAACAGACGCGCGGAAAUCGUUUCCUUGCUUUGAUGAACCUAACAAAAAGGCGACGUAUAACAUAUCUAUUAUCCAUGAAAGCUCCUAUGAAGCUCUAUCAAACAUGCCAGUGAAGGAAACAGAAGUAUUGGGUAAUGGUUGGACUCAGACAACAUUCCAAAAGUCUGUCCCAAUGAGCACUUACUUGGUGGCUUGGGCGGUGCACCAGUUUCAGUGCAUACCAAGAGAGUCAUCCCGAGGAGUUCCUCUCUGCAUUUAUGCCCAGCCGCAACAAGCGAAUACAGCAGAAUAUGCAGCAAAUGUGACUAAAAUUAUAUUUGAUUUCUUUGAAGAUUACUUCAACAUGACCUAUUCUCUUCCCAAACUGGACAAAAUAGCCAUUCCAGAUUUUGGAACCGGUGCCAUGGAGAACUGGGGAUUGAUCACUUACAGAGAAGCUAAUCUCCUAUAUGAUCCACAAGAAUCCGCCGCUUCAAACAAGCAAAGAGUAGCAGCUGUAGUUGCCCACGAACUUGUUCACCAGUGGUUUGGAAACAUUGUGACCAUGAAUUGGUGGGAUGACUUGUGGCUAAAUGAAGGAUUCGCCAGCUACUUUGAGUUCAUGGGAGUAAAUGCUGCAGAACCAAGUUGGCAAAUGCUGGACCAAAUUUUAAUUGAAGAUCUGCUCCCUGUGUUGAAGGACGACUCCUUGCUUUCCUCCCACCCGAUUGUAGUGGAAGUGUCUUCUCCUGCUGAAAUAACAUCUGUGUUUGAUGGCAUAUCCUACAGCAAAGGAGCAUCAAUUCUCAGAAUGCUUGAAGACUGGAUUACGCCAGAGAAAUUCCAAGCUGGAUGUCGGAAAUAUUUACAAGACCAUCACUUCAAAAAUGCAAAAACAGAUGAUUUCUGGGCAGCACUGGAACAGGCAAGUGGUCAACCAGUCAAAGAAGUCAUGGACACCUGGACUAGGCAGAUGGGCUACCCAGUGCUGAAUAUGGAUUUGAACCAAGCAAUCACACAGAAGCGUUUUCUUCUUGAUCAUAAAGCAGACCCUUCCCAGCCACCUUCUGCAUUCAGUUACACAUGGAAUAUUCCAGUGAAAUGGUAUGAAGGGAAUAUAAGCAAUGCUAUAUUCUACAACAGAUCAGAAUUAGCAGGAAUUACUAUUACACGGCCCAGCAAUCCUGAUCCCAAUUCUUUCUUGAAAGUAAACAAGAAUCAAGUUGGUUUUUAUCGUGUCAACUACGAAGUGCAAGCCUGGGAUGACUUAGCUGGCAUUAUGGUGAACAACCACGAGAAUUUCCAUUUGACUGACCGUGCCGGCUUUUUAGAUGAUGCUUUUGCAUUGGCCAGGGCUAGACUUUUGAAUUAUUCUUUUGCCUUGAACUUAACAAGAUAUCUGGGAAAAGAGAAAGAUUAUAUACCAUGGGAAAGAGUCGUAGUGGCUAUAUCCUAUAUUGGGGACAUGCUUGAAGGUGAUGAUACACUCUAUCCCAAAUUUCAGGAAUACUUUCAGAGCCUAGUCAAACCCCUAGCAAGUCAACUGGGAUGGAAGAAUGAUGGAGACCAUAUCAAUAGUCUCCUUCGUGUGAAAGUCCUAGACUUUGCAUGCAGCAUGAAUGAGCCAGACGCUUUGAAUAAUGCAACUCAUUUAUUUAAUGAAUGGCUAAAUGGAACAAGUCCAGAUGUAAAUCUCCGCCUCUUAGUGUACCGGUAUGGGAUGCAGAACUCUGGUGAUGAGCAAGCCUGGGAUUAUAUGUUUAAGAAGUACCAAACUGAGACAUUAGCUCAAGAAAAGGAGAAGUUGCUAUAUGGCCUGGCAUCAGUGAAAAACAUCACCCUGUUGAACAGGUUUUUAGAUUGCAUCUAUGAUCCAAAACUCAUUAAAAGUCAAGACGUGUUUACCGUCUUGAGGUAUAUUUCCUAUAAUAGCUACGGCAAGACGAUGGCUUGGGACUGGGUACGGAUCAACUGGGAAUAUUUAGUCGGCAGGUACAGUCUCAAUGACAGAAAUCUUGGGCGCUUGGUGUCAAGAAUAACAGAAACGUUCAACACAGAUCUCCAGCUUUGGCAGAUGGAAAAUUUCUUUGAGAAAUAUCCUAAUGCUGGAGCUGGAGCAUCAUCGAGAAAUCAGGCUGCUGAAACUGUGAAGAGUAAUAUUGAAUGGGUAAAGCACCACAGAGAAGAGAUAGCAGCAUGGCUCAGGAAUUGAAACUGAUUGUGCCUCACGUAAUUCCAUGCACCUCUUGUUCCAUAGACAAACUCUCAGGACGUUAUUUUCAAAGUACAACAUUGUGGAGUUUUUGUAGAAAUCUUUAAUUCCAGAUCCUGAUAAUGCUGCCAACAUUGAGAAGAGAUUAAUUUAUUGAUGUAUGUGUUCCAACUAGCCAGAUGGCAAUUCUAAAAUGGUCUUGCAAGCAUUUCUUGUCUGUUAAUACAUUUGUUCCAUUUUAAUGGGACUACUUAUAAUGUGUAAAAUCAUCUGUAUCUCAAAGGUAAUUAUAGGUGUGUAUUCACCACACACUCAACCACAAACCAAAAACAUCAAUUUACUAAAAAUGCCCUUCCAAAUGUCCCUUAACGAUGAUCCAUUGUGAGUGUAUGAGUGGAAAUAAAGAGACGAGACAUGUAAGUAUGGUAUAAAAUUGGCCCACAUUUAUUCAAAUUAGAUCUGCAAAACUGGGUGGGCAGCUAAACUCAGCCAGCAACUAGUUGGGCUGUUAUCAGGCAAAAACAUUCCAAUUCUAUUGAGUGGCACCUGCCGAUCACCACCAACAGGGCUGCCCCUUUUGGGGAGGGGAGGCCUUCCCAUGUCACCCACUCCCAGGCCAUAAAACGCCAGGUGGGUGAGGUUUUACAGCCCCUCCCUCUGGGGCUGUAAAAACCUCAGCAGGAGGCCCUCGGGGAUUACCUGUCACCGUCAGGGUGCCACAGAAUGCACACCAUCCCUGAAUUCCCACAUCAUGCCCGCCCCCCAGCCUAGUUAACUUGUGACCAAAUUGACCUAACGAUUAAAUCAACCAACCAACAGAUUAACCUAAGACACUCCUACCCCACUUACAGUGUGAAGUAGGCAAAAAGAGCCCUAGUCGGUCAGUUCCACUAGGAGUCAAACAUUCCUACUCAGCCUCCAAAAGGAUGACCAGCAUCCAGGGAGGGAGGGAGCCGCGAUCUGAAGAUGCUGAGGUUAGGUGUGAAUGGAUGGAUGGAUAAACCCCCUGAAGACUCCUCCCCCAGCCUGUGGGGAGCAAGUACAAUGUCCCACUGUCAAUAAAUCUACUCUAAAUAGGACUAAAAUCUGAAUCCUCUCCCCCCCCCACAAUAUUCAAGAAUCUCCGGUAAAGAAUCUUAGGGUUUCUCUAAGCAAGCAAUUUAUUGCUGCUCGUUAUUGGCCACACACAGAAGUUUGGCCCAGACGCAUUAGCAAAAGGAAGCACAGCGGCAGCCAAUCAUGUGAGCCUAGACUGCAGCACACCAUCUAAAGAACAGAUAGUACUGACACAAAUUGUGGUGAUCUGAUCCAAUCAGAGGCUGCCUUUGGUGAACAUGGCCAAUGACAGCACAGGAGUGGCAUAAAAGACUGCUCUUUCACUGCUUCUGUGCUCUUAUUGGCUGUGUCCCCCCCCACCCAAAGGCAGUGUCUUAUUGGGUUAGAUAGCUGCUACUCAGAAAGUACAUUUUAAAAAAUGGCCUGCCAUGGUGUGUGUAUGUGUGUGUUUGCUAGCAUGGAGCUGGACUAGAAAGAGGAAGAACCAAAACUACCACAGUUUUUAUUUAAAAAAGGAGGAAGAGCUGAUUGGUUAGUAGUUGCAGGAGAAGGACUGGCUGGUAGAAAGGGGGGCUCAGAGCUAGCUGCACCCCUGAAGAUGCCACCAAAAUCCAAUUGCAAGUGAUUCUUUCCUGUGCCAGCUACAACAUUUUAGUGCUCCAGAGCCACUAUAGAGUGCUAAAACGGUCAGACGUAGCUUCAAAAAAGGUCAAUUUGACUCUUUUAGUGCUCUGUAGCAUUAUCACAGCCAUUUUUAAAAAUUGGGUUUUUGCAAAUUCAGCAGGGGGGCUGGUGAGGGGGGCAGACACAGCCAGUGGCCAGCAGGUUGCCAUCCUGUUUUACAUCUUCAAGGUUGCCAUCUUUCCAGAGAGGCUCACCACCCCUUGCCAGCAGCAGUCAGAAAGUUCUGGUGGGAGAUUUGCUGGAGACCCUUUGUCUGACAACUGCAAUACCAGAUUUGGGCUUACUCACCUGUUGUUGUGCUGUUAAGGUGCACCACAGCCUUAAAGUUCCACGUGCACCACAGCCUU